CCUAACCAGUCGAUAAAAGGUGGUGGAGCAGAUUGAUUGUUACAGAGGCAGAAUCGGACUUCAGUGGGUCAAUAACUUAAAAAAUAAAUUUGUACCUUUUCGGGACGUUAUGAUGCACCACUUCUUUGCAAGUUUUUGUGUAAUUGCACAGAUAACUUUGUUCAUGAAGUCUUCAAACGGAAACUUCAUUGUUCAACCAGUUUCUAUGAAUCUUGAAGGCUAUUCAUACACUACACAGCCACUAUCGCGGACUUUAAAUAGUGAAAGUCAACUUGAAAUCGUUAAUGAGUGGAAAUAUUUGGACUUUGAAUACUCAACUUUUGUCGAACGUCAACAAGCAAUUUUGAAUGGAGACUUUGUACCGAAAAAUAAUUUACCACUUGGUAUUGAUGUGUAUCAAAACCGCCUGUUUGUUACAACACCUCGUUGGAAGGAUGGAGUCCCAGCAAGUUUAGGUACAAUUCCAUUUCCUCCAAAAGAGACAAGUCCAGCAAUAAAACCGUAUCCAAAUUGGGAGGCCCAUGGGAAUCCAAAUAAUCCCGACUGCUCAAAACUGAUUUCGGUGUAUCGUACAGCGGUAGAUAAAUGUCAUAGGCUUUGGUUGAUUGAUUCAGGUAUAGUCAAUGCCACAAUCAACUUAAACCAAAUUUGCCCGCCUAAAAUAGUUAUAUAUGACCUUAGAACUGACAAAUUAAUUGUUCGGUACAAUUUGGAAAAAUCUCAAGUAAAGCAGGAUUCUCUGCACUCUAAUAUUGUUGUGGAUAUAGGAGAUAAUUGCGAUGAUGCGCACGCUAUUGUAUCGGAUGUAUGGAGAUUUGGUCUUGUUGUUUACAGCCUAUCAAAAAACAGAAGCUGGAGAGUGACAAAUUACAAUUUCUACCCGGACCCCAUAGCUUCAGACUUUAAUAUUUACGGAUUAAACUUUCAAUGGUUAGAUGGCGUUUUUGGUAUGAGUAUAUCUUACAAUAGGGAAAGUCUGAAGCGCAAUCUUUACUUUCAUCCUAUGGCAAGUUUCAAGGAGUUUAUGGUACCGAUGGAUCUCUUGUUAAACGAAUCUUUAUGGCAAAAUGAUAUUCAAGAAAACGCAAAGUAUUUCUUUACAAUUGGAGAUCGUGGAAUUAAUAGUCAGUCGUCUACUUCCGGAAUCACAAUUAAUGGAGUUAUGUUUUUUACACAAGUUCAUCAAGAUAACAUUGGUUGCUGGGACACAACGAAACCAUACACUCGAGCCAAUUUGGGAAAUCUUCUUAAUUUGGAGAACGACUCGAACCUAAUCCAAUUUCCCAAUGACCUAAAAGUAGACAACAGAGAAGACCAAAGUGUGUGGAUAAUGAGUAACCGACUGCCAAUUUUCCUAUAUAGCAAACUGGACUAUGGAGAAGUAAAUUUUCGAAUAUUAAAGGCGGAUGUAAAUAAGAUUAUUCGUAACAGUAUUUGUGAUCCGGGCAAUAGGUACGUUAAUGGAUCUAAAUCAGCUUUUGUGUUAAUUGAAGAAGGUCAAUGCUAUUAAAAAAACUAACAAAAUGGUUAAUAAAGUUUUGAUUUGCCGGAAAAAUACCUAUGUAUCUAGGGUGUCGAAACAAAGAUACAAAAUAUCUAAAUAUAUUUCAGUUGCAAAAUUUGUCCACAAAUACAUUUCAUUAAAAUAA